AUGUCUAAGAAGAAAAGCUCCGAGAAGCAGCGGCUGGUGGAAGAACCGCAUGCCCCUGCAAGAAGAAAUUUUCCGCGAAGUCAUGUCAUAGUUUACGGAUACGAUGAUCUGUGGCAAGAAGAUGUGGUCGAGAUGCGUCCUUAUACGCAAUUUAACAAAGGUUACCACUACAUUCUUACCGUUAUUGAUGUGCUGAGCAAGUAUGCAUGGGCCAUGCCGUUGAAAACUAAGAGUGGAACUGAGAUGGCUGCAGCGAUAUCAAAGAUAAUUCGAGGCGAUGGAAGAUGUCCAAAAAAUUUGCAAACCGACAUGGGAAAAGAAUUUUACAAUGCAAACGUGCAAGAACUUUUGAAAAAACAUGACAUUAAUCGCUAUUCUAUGUAUUCUGUAAUGAAGGCGUCGGUGGUUGAAUGGUUCAACC